AUGGCGAUGGCGAUCGAUCAGAAUCAGUCCAAAGCUAAACCUGAUGAAAUUCAGGACAAGUAUUCAGAGUGCAGCCUUUAUUACCCUGAAAGAUCAGAAAAGUGCAAUAAUCCAGGGAAACUGAUGUUUCCUUUGUCUUUUACAUGGCAUUUGAAGAUAUAUAGAAAAUCAUUUUCAAGAAUUGGAAUAUUAAAGAAAUUGGGUGAUUGCAUUACUGAAGCUAGUUGCAUAUGCCAUGACGUCCUUCUAGUUUUGUACGCCUGUAAGAAAGGAUCGAUGGCAGCUGUUUCUGGUAAUGGCUCCGUCCACCAUGGUGGACUGAUAGUUGGAAAUGGAAAAAUCACUUUCUACGAUCUUGCAUGUGCAUUUGAACCUAAACCCCUGCAAGAUUUCUGCAUUGCAGAUGUUAACAGCUCAGCAAGAGUGAAUGGCCUAGUCUACAAGAAUCCCAUGCUAGCUCAAGCUAAUGAUUUCUCCUUCAGUGGGCUCCAUGUAGCAGGCAGCACAUCCAAUCCUUCUGGGUCCAGGGUCACCCCUGUCACUGUGGCUCAGCUACCAGGGCUCAACACUCUUGGCAUCUCAACGGCCCGCAUUGACUACGCACCAUGGGGCAUCAACCCUCCCCACACACACCCCCGAGCGUCUGAGAUCCUGACUGUUCUAGAAGUCUCUCUCAUGGUUGGAUUCGUUUCUUCAAACCCUGAGAACCGCCUUAUCAAUAAGGUCCUCCAGAAGGGUGAUGUCUUUGUCUUCCCAGUGGGACUCAUCCACUUCCAGCGCAAUGUGGGAUAUGGCAAUGCUGUUGCACUUGCAGCUUUGAGCAGCCAAAACCCUGGUGCCAUUACUAUUACUAAUGCUGCUUUUGGGUCGAAUGCACCUAUUGCUAGUAAAGUUCUUGCUAAGGAUGUGAUGUCCCACGUGAGAUAA